AUGCGGCCAGCCAGCCAGCCAGCCAGCCAGUGGGAGAGCAGCUGCGCUGACGUCACUCCCACAGUAACAGGCCAGAGCGAGGCUUGCGUCCUGCCUGGCCCCGUCACGCGCCCUCCCCUCGGCCAGUCACUAGACGCGUUCUGUGACAGAGAACGAAACAGCAUCUGCAGCCCGGCCGCCAUCUUCAAACAUACUGUUAGAGGGAAAUUAACUCCCACAGUAACCCUGACAGUGAGCAGCAUUACAGGAGUGUGUCUGAAAUAAAAUAGCUGGGUUUUUUUUUCCUCCUCUCUCUAGUGCUUAGUACUCUGGCGGGCGGUGCGGCGCUCGGAAUGGAGCUCUCUCUGCGGCCAAUCAGCACAGCGAGUGAGUUCUAAAGGCACACUGCGCGAGUCUCCUUCCAUUCGGUCACUACAACAGGCGCCAUUUUGGUAGAGACCGUUACCUGAGCUGGUUUUCGUGAGCCUUGCAAAUGGCCGCCUCCCCCGAUUCCUUUUCAUUGUAAGCACCGGAGAUAGAUGAUAUUAUUAUUAUUUUUUUUUUUUUAAAUUCCUGCAAAUAGUUGCGCGCUGCCACUCUAGUGUUUGCAGCUCUCUCAAGCAAGCUCACGCGAGGCGGGUUUUCAGAUACUAAGUGACAGCUGCCAGCAGCCAAUCGGCGGCCAGUCCCUGAGAGGCGCCAGCCAAUCGGCGGCUCGGGUGGGCGUGGCUUGCGUUCGAGUCAUGUUGUGGUGUUGCUGUCAGAGGGCGGGGCGGCUUGUGGUGCAGUCAGUCAGGCAGGGGAGCGCGGCGCUGGCGGAGGAGGGAGUUACCGGGAGCCCGGUGAGCUGAGCGGGCAGGCUGGGGCUGUGGGGAGCGGGGGGGAUAGAGGGCAGCUCGCUGGGCAGCUGGAGACCGCACUAGCUGUCAGUAUAGGAUCACUGAGAGCAGGGGCUGCUGGGCCUACACUGGGUAUGUGACAGGGGCCAGCUGGCAGAGAGAGAGAGAGAGAGAGAGAGAGCAGCUCACACCGAGCCCUGCAGCAUACAACCCCCUCCUCCAUAUAAACAGUAUGGCUCUGCUGCUAUGAAGAGGCCAUGGCUGGGGCCCUGAAGUAGUGCUGGUCAUUGGGAUAUCACCCCUGUAACUGGGGGCUGGUUAUUUGGGGGAAACUUGAUUUAAUAUUAUUGUUUUUUUGUAUUUAUUUAUUUAUUUUUACUUAUCUCUGAUUGCUGACUUUAUUUCUGUGCAGGUGAUGAGCUGUUGCAUCCAGUUGUGAUUAAAUUGCAAGCUGUGUGGCCCUGGUUUUGCUCUGAAGUCUAGAAUUGCCUGUUAUGUAAUUACCUUAUUGGUGAAGCUGUCUUCUCUGUUUUGCUGCAAAACAGUGCUGCUUCUAACUUGGGGAAACUAAAUUGGUAUUUCAAAGUUUGGAAGAGUUUCAUCUUUAUUGAUGAAACCCACUCAGGCAGCUGCCUGUAAUCUGGUUACUGUAUAAUUGGCAAUGCUAGGAAGAGUCUAAUGAAGAGUUCCUUUACGUUUCAUUGAUAUCUAUAAUUCCAUUUAGAGUUGCAGAGUGGGUUGGAGUUUAUUUAAAGGGGCAUUCUAAGCACCAAAAACAUUUUAUACUAGUGGUUUGGUGCAUGGAUGUUGUCCCUUUUCUCUGACAAUGUAAAACAUUGCUCUUUGUCGAGAAAUGUUCGGUAGUGUUUACAUUUCGCUUAAAACAUGACCUAGUUCCUUAACUUUCAUUUUGCCAAGUCUUUUGUGUACACUGUCAUCAUGGACUUCAUGAUUAUGCUUAGUGUGGCUAAUGCUUUCUCUCAAUACCUCUGAUUGUUUGUGUCAGUUGCUGCACAUGUGCCUUAAGUCCAUAACACUUAUAUUUAGAAGCAUUGCCUUGAUGAUGGAGCAUUGUUUCUGGAAAUGCAACUUGCCCUCUGGGAUAUAGCUUACUUAUUAAGUUUUCUGUUAUCUGUCUCUUCUGUAUGUAUCAUGCCAGCCUAGCUUUGUUAAACAAAAUAGCUAUUGCGUGUACCUCAACAUUUUAGGAUAUUGUGUAACAUAUUUUGUUACUUUGGUAAUGAGGUGCACUGAUAUAGAUAUAUAUAGACACACACACACAUAUAUACUUCCGAUCUCUGUAUUACCAUUCACUUUCAAUAAAGGUUGAAUGAUACUAAGAAAUGUUUAAAAGCAUUGUGUUUCAACAGAGAUCAUCAUGCUUGGUAAUCUCACAGUUGGCUGCAGAAAGAAGACUUUCUUUGCUCUGCAUUACUGAUACACAUUACCAAGCCAGUGAUCUAGUUUUAAAAAGGAGCACUCUAAUUUUAAAAAUGGAUAAUGUUUGUGUUGUAUUACGGUUUUGCAAUGGGUUGACAACUUUUUCCCCCCCUAAAAUUCCAAACAUUUUUCAAUGUCCAAAGGGUAUAUAAUCUCUGGUUUAUGCUCAGAGAUUAGUUCAGUCUGCUUUAUUUAAGGUUUUAUGUUGGAAUAUUUUUGUUUUGCUCUAGAAAAUGACUACUUUUGCUGUAUGUACUUAAAUUUUAUUGUGAUGCUACCGAUUUGGGUGUACCGUCAACUAUUCCGUAGUUUCUAGAUAUUUGACACAUCAUGUACCUAUAAUUAAAAACAUUUGCCAUAGAAAAAACACUUUCCUAAAUAUAUGCAUCACCAAAGACAUAUAAAGUUUUUUAUUACAAAGCCAGUUUUGACAUACUAAUUCAAACUUAUUUUAGCUCAGUAGAACAGAUUAGCCUGUCAAGGUGUUAAGCAGCUUUAAUGUUGAAUUUUAUGUUUUUAGGAAAUAUUUUUUAUUUAAUGGUAGAUACAUUUUGCUGAGGACUUUCCAUAUACUCCAUUGAUCUUUGCAACUGUUCUAGGCCUUUGUCAUCAUCCCUUACAUGACACCAUUUUUGUCCAUUUUCACAAGUCAGACAUAUGAUUCUAUAACAUUGCUUAGCUCUUGUUUUCUUUCUUUACACAGGGCUUUUGUCUCUUGCUCUGUUCGCUGACUGUAGCCAGGAUUUGCCACCUUGCUGGUUGUAAUCACACACGGAUCUGGUGAAAGGUAUGAUCAAAGGCUGUAUCAGCAAAAUCCAUUCAGUCCUAUACAUAUGAACAAACACAGAAGUCUUUCUUAACUACCUGUAUAAAUAUUUCCUGGCAACCUCUUAUGAGAUCAGCAUUUAUAUAAUGUCAGCAAAAUCUUGAUUAAACUGCUUCUCGUAAAAUGGUACUUGGUUUCCGGUUGAAAAACAUUGUCAAAAAAAGUUUAUCCCUCCUGUGGUACCUUGAAUUAAUUUACUGUUUGCGCUCUGACAAAAGAAAAUGUAUAUGCCAUCGGGGAGCAACUAUUUUUCUAGAUAUUUUAAUUUCAACCUACUCUCUUUUGAGGGGUAUUACCUUUAGAUACAUAUCUCCUCUUCCAAUUAACUGAACAGCCAGUUUGAUUGAAGUCAAAUGCAUGAUGAUGCUGUUUUGUUAAAGGAACAAUCAAUUGAAAAUGAUUUUUUUUUUUCCCCUAAAAAUUUAGAUGAUACACCCAGAGGGGGAAAAAGGUUUCUUUGGUGGGUAUAUGGUAAAAACCAGCUGCAUACUUUGCAAGCCCUCCCCUCUUUCCCCCCCCCGCAUAAAUGUUCAAAGCCAAUACAUCAGUCAGAGGCUUCUUAUAAAGAAACCUCUGUGCUUGAGCCGCAAGGGAGGAGGGGUUUGCACAAUCUACAACGGCAGUCCGGUCACUUCUGCUGUCUCUGUGGAGCUAACAAAACCGGAAGAGAACCUCCUUGCUUAUCUGACAGCCAUUGAUAUGUUUCUGCCCCCAGUUAUAACUGUACCAAUUUCUAUUGAGAUCAGCAGUUUUGUAUACUGUAAUGAAAAUGACAGACUCUAGUCAGAUAAAGCGUUUCAGCAAGCUGAAGUGCUUUGUGUGUGGGGUGUUCCUUUAAGACCAUAGACCCGUAAUAAGUAAACAUGUAUUAAAAUAAGUGAAAUUGACUAUUCUCUAUUCAUUUAAUAGAAAUGUCUUGGCAUUUUUAAUUAUUUAUUUUUUUUAACAUUUUUUUUUUUUAAAUUAAAAAUGAACCUGUCAAUCAUCUGUCAGUAGUGGAUCUCAGUCUGCUUCAUGUAGGAACACACAUUUAUACACUGUGCUACUGAAAUUGCUAGCAAAUUGAUAAAUGAAAAGAUAUACUGACUUGACGGUUUGUCUAUUGCAAAAAAAACGAUACAGCAGCGGAUGUGUGCUGAUUGUACUAAUCAUUUUGCCAUUUAUGCAGUGUUUGGAUUACAACAAAGCCUUAUGCACACCCACAUUGAGUAAAUGGAUAUGGUUGCUUACAACUCUUCCCCCAGGCAUAUUUUCUUGGGUUUGUUUACUUAUCUCCAAACUGUAGCAAGUGAAAAAACAAAUUGUAUAAAUGAUUAAUAUUGAGAAAAAGAUUCUCCAAUUGCUAUGAAUUUAACUAGUAAAAUGUGCAGAUUAAAUGUGUUCUACUUAAUUUUUGCAUGAGUGGUACAAUUGAGAGUUACAUCUAAAUAUACCGUUCUGCCUACCGUUUUCAAUCAAAAGUAAUACUCCAGGAAUCUGUAACUUUUGUCAUGUGUGCAGAGUUUAGAAAGCUUGUGAGACUUUAGUUAAUUCUAAUCCUUCCACUGAUUGAUUUUUAGGGAGGGCACAACAUAGUUACACUAAAUGUAUCCCUUAAAUUCCCAUUUAUCAGGGGUCUCUUGUGUACAAAAUAGAAUGAGAACGUGUAUUGUUUGUUUUUAAAUUAAAAAAUAAAUAACAGAUCAUUUUCCUUGAUGCUUUCCGACUCUAAAGGCUGAGUAAGAAUAUUUUCAGUCUUAUGUCUACUCAACAACAUCAACUACCUUUUUGACCUGGCCUAGAAUGGCAAAAAUAUGCAAUUGAAAAUGACCUUAAAGUGUCCAUUUUAAGCGUUUUUUAAAGAAUGUACUAAAAACCAAAGAAACUACAUUGCAGAAAAAAGUAUAGCACUCAAUACCUAAAAGGGGAACCAAGGAAUCUCUGUACCACUGGGACAAUAUGUUUACCACAAACUAUUUGUAUGCGUUUUAUUCUAGUCCCUUAAGGGCACGUCUAAUGUCACGAUCCAGGGAAACAAAAAUGGCACUUUAGUUGAUGCAUGAAGUUACAGUUAGGAAGUGAUAGAUCUGUAACAGGUUAUAACCUAAACCUUUUAAAAAGAGACUAAAGAGAGAGAAUAGAAACAGAGUAUCAACUGUCUUACACUCAUGAAGUGAUAAAUGUGUAAAGGUGUGUCUAAUGUUAGCCCACAUUGCAUGUAGUAGUAUUUAAUUGCAUAACAGGGCUAAAAUCUAGUGGACACUGUCAAAAUUAGGUUAUUUGUGCAACUUGGUACCUCAAUUUGAUAAAGUUACAUUGCCCACUAAAAGGAAAUACUAUAGCGCUGUUUACAAUAUUCUAUGACAGAGGUAGGAUACCUUCAGCGCUUCAGAUGUGGGCUACUUCUCCCAUAAUGCUGGCAUACAUCAGGGACGAUAGUGCCAAAGGUUGCCUUCCCUAGGAGCAGCAAAAUAUGGCUAAGAAAUCCUUAUGCUUGGCAUAGUUUAUAUACAGCAUUGAGAGGCUAAGACAUUCCCUCUGUAUCUGCUGGCUAUCAUUCACCCGACUUCACAAGUAUGCCAUGUUAACUAGAGUAAAACCUAUAUAUCACCUCUCAAGGAGUCUACAUGUAUGAUCACUACGGAAAGCUCAUCAAAGCAUCAAUACAUUGGCUCAUACAAGCCUACCUCAUCAUGCUUAUUGUAGUCUAUUCACAGCCCUCACUAAAAGUGAAUUGCCCUACUGUGCUCCAUGAAAACCAGGAUACAUCAAACACUCAAAAUGACCCAAUGGGACAUUAUAGUUACCAGAAAUACUACAGUUUAAUGUAGUGGAGCUGGUGUCUAUAUCCUGUCCAGGCACACUUUUCAAUGUAAACUUUGCCACCUAAUGCUUUACCAUGGGAAAGCCUUGGUGUGACUGAGACCAUAGAGAUUGAUUCUCAGCAAUGGAGGCGAGACAGACACGGUAUGGGUGAAAAAAAGGUAAAAACACCUUUCCCGAAACGGUCACCCAGAUAGAGACACACAUAUUUUAUUUUUUUUUUAUUUUUUUUUAUGUAAGUCCCCACCUAUGGGAGAGUUGGGUCCAGUGCAGCUGCUAAAUCCUGUAUCUUAAAGCUAUUCUUGCUCUGUCCUUCGUGCGCUGCUUAAUGUUGCGAUGCCGGAGUGAUGUCAUUUUCCCGCAUUACACGCGAUGGAGCAGAAAAGGAUGGAAGAUUACUGCUCUCUUGCGCACCCGUCUACAUGCUCUGUGGGCCAGCCGCCUUCACUGAACAGGCUGACAUCUCAGACGCCAGGACAAAAUACCUAGUCACCAUGGCAACUAGGAAUUUUUUUUAUUUCUUUAAAUCCUCCCCUCGCUCCCCUUUCACUUGUUCAGCUGAGAGUGCAUGCAUGUCCUCUGAACUGGCUAAACAGUACAAUUGCAUGCUUCUCUGAGAGGCCUGUGAUAGGACUGCACAAGCUCCCUGCUGACGUCAGUGGAGGGAGAUCAACACCUGGAGCUUUGCCUGGUGCUGGAUUACAGUUAAGAUAAACUCCAUCUUUUUAAACUUCAAGGGGAUCAUCUAUUAGUUGUGCCCAAUAGGGCAUUCUGUUAAAGGUCCUUUCGUUGGUCAUCUGUAGAAGUAUGACAUGAACAUAUCAUAUAUUUACUCAGCUAUAUGGAUAAUUGUCAUGCAAUACCUUCCAAAUUUGUUAAACAUUCCAUUCUUUAGAAUUCAACAUUGAAAUGUGAAAACCAACAGCGGUUUCCCUCUGACUUCACUCAUAAUGCCCACCUCACUUCUCACCUGGGAUGUUGUCAUACGUAAAAAGAAUUAGGGAUAAGUAAAAAAUGGAAAAACAUAUUAAUUGAAGAACGAGUCACAAAUAUUUUACCAUGCUCAAAUCUUUUUGUUUUUCUUUGUUUUGCAUCUCAAUUCUGGACAGUUGAUAAUGUAUUGAAGUAACUUCCAUGAUGUUUCUAUUUUUGCAGACCACACCUGCGUGUGAUUCCGCACCAUUUUGCACACCAUUUUUCUUUCCCAUGCAGACGAAUGAGGGAGAAACACUUGAAGAAAGCUGUCCCAAG